AUGUUCUCUUUCACCAGUGCUUUCGUUGCUGCUGUGGUUGCGGUUGGCGUCCUCGCCGGCCCUGGUGGAGCACCCGCCGCGCUUGCCAAGCGCAAUAGUCCCAACUCAUCAGGCACGAACAACGGCUACUACUACCAAUUCUGGGAUGAUGGCACCAGUGGCACUACCACCUACACCAACGGGGCUGCCGGCGCAUACUCCGUGACCUGGUCGAAUGUUGGUGAUUUCACCGCGGGUAAGGGCUGGUCGCAGGCUCAGCCCAGGACCAUCAACUUCUCUGGUACCAUCAAUUGUGGAGGCAACUUUUACCUUGCUGUAUACACUUGGUCAGGACAAGGCGAGAACUAUAUUCUCGAGGACUACGGCAACUACAAUCCGUGCUCUGAUGGCACGAGCAAGGGCAGUCUUUACAGCGAUGGGAGCGAGUACCAAGUCUGCCUGGUCGACCGUGGCAACAACUACCUCCAGAACUGGUCUGUCCGCCAGAACAAGCGCUCCAGCGGCACCGUUACAACGGCAAACCACUACAAUUACUACCAGUCUCAGGGCAUGACCCACAACCCGCUCAGCAGCGCCGCUUAUCAGAUCGUCUCUACGGAGGCCUUCGGCAGCUCUGGUUCCGCCAGCAUCACCGUCUCCGAGGCUGCAGCUGGUUCAGUUUCGAGCUCUCCAAGCACGCCAAGCACAUCUACAUCUUCUGCCCCGUCCUCGACCCAUUCCUCUGGCACUUGCUCUCAGCUCUACGGCCAAUGUGGUGGCACGGGCUGGACCGGUGGUCUAUGCUGUGUAUCUGGCAGCUUAUCUUAA